ACCACAUAAGCUAGAAAGUAUGCUUUCUCUAAGCCGAGGCGACAGAGCAUUAAAACGAUUGGAGCUCGGGACGUGUACAACAUUAAAACCAUCCCUGACGUACACUUACCGUCGAAUCUGUUUUCGCGCCGAGCCUGCGCAUCGUCAACUCUCCGGGAGAGACUUCUCCAAAACUCAAAAGAGCGAGCAGUGCAGAGAGGGAGUUGUGCUGAAACUGUUGGAAGUUCAACGUAUAUAUAAUACUGUAACGUGUUACCCAUAUACACCACAUCAGAGAGAGAGCCCCAUCGCACAGCCGACAGUAACGUAGCUUGCAGUGCAAGUUGACAGGGGCAACAGUAAAAAGUCAAAUACCAGCUAAUACGCAGUCAGUGUCAAACAUGGCGACUUACAAGAUGCAGCGGCUGGACGCCGCGCUGCUUUGGUUGUGCCUACUUGGCGUCGGGAUAUCCUAUUACAGCUACAUCGUCGAGACGACCAAGGAAAAGGACAAGUCCUACCAGCCGUUUUGCGACAUAAGCGAACACGUCAGCUGCACCAAGGCUUUUAUGUCAAAAUACGGCAAAGGAUUUGGCCUGAUUCCAAGGGACUCGCCGCUCUACUUGCCAAACAGCUUGUACGGCAUAAUAUUCUACACUAUCGUCGCAUCAUUGAGUCUGUUCAAUAGCUACUGGAACACGGUACUCAUGCUGAUAGCGGCAGUCGUCUCGAACCUGUUCUCCGUCUACUUGGCGCGCGUCCUCUACCUGCUUCAGGACUUUUGCCUCGUCUGCAUGAGCCUCUACGUGAUCAACGCUCUCGUCCUCGUGCUAACGAUAAGAAAGUUGCGGGAGAUAAAAUUAGUGUCGUCCAAGAAACGCAAGACCAAGUGAACGGGUCGCCGGCGCUGACGCUUCUUUAUUUUGCCACAACCGAUAAGUCAAGCAUAGAAACAGUGCUCAUCUCAAAGGGCUGGACUCUUUCUUUUUUCUUUCCCUGUUUUUUUUUUUUUUUUUUUUUUUU